AUGUUGGAGAAAACAUUCUCCACAUUCCACACCAGCAAUGUUGUGCUUCAGCAACAGUACCGAGAGAAGGGUUUCUCCACUUAUGCUGCCUUAAUCUCUUGUUUGUUGCUAGCUGAGCAAAACAAUGAGUUGCUCAUGAUGAACAGUGAGCUAAGGCCUCCUGGUGCUAAAGCAUUGCCUGAGGCACAUGCGGCCGUAGAGCCAAAGGAUGAGACUCCAAGAGAGUCAUACCAUGGUCGCAUGAGAGGCCGUGGUAGAUGGCAAGGUCGUAACCGUGGGUUUCAACCAUGUGGCCGUGGAUUUCAACCACGAGACCAUCUUGGUCGCAGCCGAGGCCGAGGCUACAGCCGAGGUCAUCAAGCUAACCGUGGGUAUAAGUCCGACUUCAAAACCCAUGGCUCGAGCUCGACCAAAUCUGCUUGCUAUCGUUGUGGGAUGACCAAUCAUUGGGCUAAUAAAUGCAAAACUCCCCAACACCUUGUUAAGCUCUACCAGGAGAGCAUAAAGGGCAAGAACUUUGUGGCAAAUUUGGUCCAUUAUGACCAUGAGAAUGAUCUGGACCAUGAGGAUGAUCAAGCCCAUGACAAAGAUGAUCAUGAAGACUUUGAGACUUCAGACCUCCUUACAAGUGGCUGA